CAUCCCAACCACCUGUCUUUCGGAAGGACCCGAUUCGUAGCCGGACUACUCCGACAACGGGCUUUGGUUUCGGGAUGUCUCCGAGGAUCGAUGAUAUUUAGCCCCAAAUCCUCCUAAAGUGCACCCGUGCCACAACACCGACACAAUUGCGGCAUCCGCCAUGGCCUCCAAACAAGCACUGGCACAAUUGCGCCAGUUCACAUCAUGUGAUAUCGGCGAUGCUCUCGUUAAGCUCAAGCAUCCGUUUGGCGGCUUCCUGGAUGGAAUCCGGAUGUUCUCGCCAAGCGCCGAAACCAGGGUCAUGGGACACGCGGUGACGGUGCAAAUGGUUGAAAUGAGCGACACGGCAUCUCCAAAGCUCGAGAAGCAUUUUGUCGAUCACAACGAAGACGGCGGCAUCAUGUAUGUUCAGCAGCCAAAGGGACUGUACUCGGCCUGCUGGGGAGGUUUGAUGUCCACACGAGCGAAGUGGCUUGGCGCUCAGGCGGUGAUGAUUGAUGGACGCAUGAGAGACAUCAAUGAGCACAAAGCGAUGGGGUUUCCGGUUUUCGCCAAGGACACUUCUAUCCUGGGCUCAAAUACCUUCACAAGAGCCUCACGGGUCAAUAUUCCGCUGCAGUUUAAAGGCGAUCUAUGGAUUAAUCCUGGUGACAUACUCAUAGGCGAUGCGGAUGGUGUUGUAGUGACGCCACCAUCAUUGAUUGAGCAGGUGGUUGCCCUCUGUCAGGAACGGGCUGAAGUUGAUGAGAAGAUGUUUGUUGAGCUGCGAAAGGGCGCUGCUAUGGGUCCGUUAAUCAAGAGUAUACGAAAAGACAAGUAAUGGUGCGCUUAGAAUUCCGUAACUAGCCCGAUGCGGAAUCCGAUGCGGCUUGAGUUGUUCAUGUUGAGCUCACUAGCACAUAGUUAUCUGCCGUAUGUAGCAAUCGCUGUGCACAUCUCUACGCUUCGUACAAAUUUAAAACUAGAUAUCGCAGAAAUUGCUGUCUUUCUAGUCUAACGAAGUACAUCUCUAAUUUAGUUGCCGAAUAGCUGGCUAGGAUUCUGA